CUGGACUUGGUGGGCGACUGGAGUGAAGGAGGACUGGCAAGACAGGAAACAGUAGUACAUACCAACGCGUUUCCAAGACUUCCCAUUGCGACAAUGCCCUCCUUGCCAGUGUGCCAAUGAGCAACGCAAGCCAUAUCGGCGGGCCUCUCGGCGGGCCCGACCAUGGACCCGUCCACGUGACUGCUGCCUUGUUCUCCCACCGGGCCGACGGCUGGGAGGCUUGCACUGGCCGUCGCAUCAGGACGACCCGGUCUCUUGAGCCUGCUACAUCUCCAGCUGUGUCUCGGUCAGCGGCGCUGGCGGCACGGAAAGGACAGAGAAGAAACGAUGGACAGGCUACACAUGGCGAUGCCGCCUUCGCCACCGGUAACUCGCUCCCCCGAUCCACGGCCCCCCCAGACUGUUGCCGAAAGAUGUGGCAGCGGGAUGGCGACAGAGUCCAGGCCCUCGGAGCGAUGGCACGGCAAUAUCACGAGAUGCAGGAAGCGGCGGGAUGCGAAAUCGGAUUGGCAUGGCUGGCACACCUCGACCCCCGCCCGUCGCUCCGGAUAUGGGUCACGACGCCUGUCAAUGCAAAUGCAGGUCGACGGAUGGUGGUGCCGCCGGCCUGGCAGCCCAGCAGAGCCGUCGAGGCGAGCGUGGCCUAGUGUGGAGGGAGGACAGGGGUGUCGGCCCUGCUCUCCCGCAUUCCCGGAGUCAGGCUGGGUUCUGGGGUCAUUACUGGGGGUUUUUUUUUUUACCCACCCAGGAUGCCAGGUCUUGUUCCCCUGGCCAUUCCCGGGGCCGUGGGGCUACUGGCUGGAUCCUUCAUGAUUGCCUGCCCCCGUGCUAGGACUAGAAAUUCCCUGGUCCAUCUGCCCCUGAUAUUGUGGCGCAAACAACAGCCUGGCGACAAUGGGCCAGCAGAUUGAAUUAGAUUGCCUGUCAGAGAAGUGGGAAGUGAAUGGAAUGGUAGUGAUUUGAUUGCCUCGAUGAUCCAAAAGGUGGUGGCGUGCCGUCUUGCAGCCGAAGAGGGUGGUCGACGCGACUGGGCGGAACAAGAAGCAGCUGGGCCUGCGCAGCUGCAGCGGGACCCCCUCCAGGGGCAGGCCAUCUAAGCGCAUGGGCAAAUAGGCCCAGGCGGGCCACGGCU